AUGAUGUGCCUGGACCGCCGCUGCCUACCCGUCCCCACCUUCAACCUCAGCACCUGCCCCGGAUCCAGCCCUGGAUCACGCAUCUGCUCCCACCAUGGGGUGAGUUGGCCCGCCAUGUUGUGGCAUCGCUUGGGGAGGUUUGGAUUAACAAUGUGUUGAUCUGGGUCGUAUUCAUCAGGCACCAAACGAAAUAAAAUAAAAUAGAGGGACUGUCUGUACUUUAAACAUUUUGCUAUAGUGUGCCCUACUGAACACACAAACCUGAAUUCAGAGUUGUUUGGGUUGAGUGUAGGAUUUGUAUCUAGAUCGAUACUACUAAUAUAGGCUCUUGUUCAUGAUAUGUAUUCCUUAACUGUUCUAAUAAUGCUAUACAUGUUAAUUCACACAAUUUAAUGAAUUGAUUGUUGAUGAAUUCAUGUUCUUGUGGUUUUGAAUGCUAUUAGUUUGUGUUGUUAAUUUCUAUCGACCCCCCCCCAUCUUCCCAGACCUGCAGUAAUGAGGUGAGGUGUAUUUGUGACCCGGACUACACUGGGAAAGACUGCAGCGUCUAUGACCCCAUCCCUGACCCCACCCCUCCAGAGGGCCCUGAGAAAUAUAAGGGUUCGUACCUUGCCGCUCCCCACCUUAUUACACUAUCUCUAGUACAAUGUCUCAAAACAUCCCCCUGGGAGUGUCUCAAUGUCCAUGAGAAGGUGGAGAUUAUUAUUAUGUUUUAUUUUAUUAUCAAUGUAUUGCUUUAAUAGAUCUGAAAAAUCAGCACCUGUUGCUUUCAUGAUUACUGAAGAAUACACACGCACAAACAUUUAAUAUUUUGAAGGAAUGAUGUUUAAUAAUAACAGCUUACCAAUGCAAAUGAAUAGCGACUGUUGUAUUAUUCUACUGCAGGCCUCUGUGAAAGUUUUCAAUUUGGAUAACAUGGAGAACUACCUUGAGAAGUGCUGGAAAAUGAGCACAAACACUGGCAAACUCAUGCAGAAGUCACUUUAUGAAACACACAAGCAAAAAAUUUGUGCAGUACAGUGGGAAGGACAGUAGAUACAAUUUUGGAAUGAACAUGUUUUGUUUAUUGGCCAAUUCUAGAAGCUUUUGGGAUCAAGACGUUGUUUCCUUCUCUAACUGAGGCAAUUGAAAAAAAUAGCACAUCAUUUGAAAAGAGAGGAGCAAUUAAAUAAAGAAAUCAAAUGACAUUGAGAGUGGAUUUUUUUUAGCAAGACUGGAACUUUUCGAUUCCACUUUCAACAAAUGAAACAAGAAGCAUGAUAGACGAGGCAGUAAAAUCAGAACUGAACAUUUACUAUGGGCCAAUCCUUUUCGACAAACUUGUCAAACAAUGUCUCCCAUACAUACCCAUUUGAUCAGACAUUUUGAUGUAUAAUUUAGAUAGAAAAACAAUCAUGUGCAAUUAAAAAAUAUAUGUAAUGUUGUUAAAAAAUAUAUAUAGAGAGAGUAGAUAAAUGUAUAGUUGGACUCAAGUACCUAUACAUUGGACACAAAAUAGAUAUUUGUGACAAACAUUUUAUAAAAAUUGCUGAGAGGAAAAUCUAAUGUAAUGAACCACGAGGAAUGGAAUAUAAAGCAAAAAAAUCCUCUGCAAUCUGAAACAAACAUUUCAAAAGUCCCCUUUGCUGGGUGGAGAUUAUUUAUGCAGAAAUUAAGUAAUAAGGGAUUACGUGCCACACUUACCACUGCCUCAAUGAUACAUCCAGAAAAUCACAUUGUAGGAUUUUUAAUGAAUUUUUUUGCAAAUUAUGGUGGAAAAUAAGUAUUUGGUCAAUAACAAAAGUUUCUCAAUACUUUGUUAUAUACCCUUUGUCACAGGUCAAACGUUUUCUGUAAGUCUUCACAAGGUUUUCACACACUGUUGCUGGUAUUUUGGCCCAUUCAUCCAUGCAGAUCUCCUCUAGAGCAGUGAUGUUUUGGGGCUGUCGCUGGGCAACACGGACUUUCAACUCCCUCCAAAGAUUUUCUAUGGGGUUGAGAUCUGGAGACUGGCUAGGCCACUCCAGGACCUUGAAAUGCUUCUUACGAAGCCACUCCUUCGUUGCCCGGGCGGUGUGUUUGGGAUCAUUGUCAUGCUGAAAGACCCAGCCACGUUUCAUCUUCAAUACCCUUGCUGAUGGAAGGAGGUUUUCACUCAAAAUCUCACGAUACAUGGCCCCAUUCAUUCUUUCCUUUACACGGAUCAGUCGUCCUGGUCCCUUUGCAGAAAAACUGCCCCAAAGCAUGAUGUUUCCACCCCCAUGCUUCACAGUAGGUAGGGUGUUCUUUGGAUGCAACUCAGCAUUCUUUGUCCUCCAAACACGACGAGUUGAGUUUUUACCAAAAAGUUAUAUUUUGGUUUCAUCUGACCAUAUGACAUUCUCCCAAUCCUCUUCUGGAUCAUCCAAAUGCACUCUAGCAAACUUCAGACGGGCCUGGACAUGUACUGGCUUAAGCAGGGGGACACAACCUGCACUGCAGGAUUUGAGUCCCUGGCGGCGUAGUGUGUUACUGAUGGUAGGCUUUGUUACUUUGGUCCCAGCUCUCUGCAGGUCAUUCACUAGGUCCCCCCGUGUGGUUCUGGGAUUUUUGCUCACCGUUCUUGUGAUCAUUUUGACCCCACGGGGUGAGAUCUUGCGUGGAGCCCCAGAUCGAGGGAGAUUAUCAGUGGUCUUGAAUGUCUUCCAUUUCCUAAUAAUUGCUCCCACAGUUGAUUUCUUCAAACCAAGCUGCUUACCUAUUGCAGAUUCAGUAUUCCCAGCCUGGUGCAGGUCUACAAUUUUGUUUCUGGCGUCCUGUGACAGCUCUUUGGUCUUGGCCAUAGUGGAGUUUGGAGUGUGACUGUUUGAGGUUGUGGACAGGUGUCUUUUAUACUGAUAACAAGUUCAAACAGGUGCCAUUUAAUACAGGUAAUGAGUGGAGGACAGAGGAGCCUCUUAAAGAAGAAGUUACAGGUCUGUGAGAGCCAGAAAUCUUGCUUGUUUGUAGGUGACCAAAUACUUAUUUUCCACCAUAAUUUGCAAAUAAAUUCAUUAAAGAUCCUACAAUGUGAUUUUCUGGAUUUUUUUUUCUCAAUUUGUCUGUCAUAGUUGACGUGUACCUAUGAUGAAAAUUACAGGCCUCUCUCAUCUUUUUAAGUGGGAGAACUUGCACAAUUGGUGGCUGACUAAAUACUUUUUUUCCCCACUGUACAUAGGUUUUUAUUUGUAUUAGAGUGCUUUAGCUGAUGAAGACAGCUAUCGUGUAGUCUCAACCCAGUGCUCAUAUGUAAGGUCACUAGUCUGUAUAUGAUCAUGAUAUAAAUAUUGAUUUAAAACUCCUGAAAAGGACAGGAUGCUUACCAAACCUGCUAUCCAGCUGGCCCGUUAGCUCAUAUCAUUCAGCACAAGGAAAAUAAACCAAAAAUCAUCCGAAUUGCAAACUAACUUUAACUGGUUUUAAAAGUCAAUCUAUACACAAAUAUUGAUAUACAGUGUCUUCAGAAAGUAUUCAUACCCCUUGACCUAUUUCACAUUUUGUUGUAUUACAGCCUGAAUUCAAAAGUAAUUAAAUUGUUUUGUUUUUCUCACCCAUCAACACACAGUACCCCAUAAUGACAAAGUGAAAACAUGAUAGAAAUGUUAGCAAAUGUAUUGAACAUUUAAUUCAGAAAUAUCUCAUUUACAUACAGUAAGUAUUCACACCCCUGAGUCAAUACUUUGUAGAAGCACCUUUGGCAGCCAUUACAGCUAUGAGUCUUUCUGGGUAAGUCUCUAAGAGCUUUCCACACCUGGAUUGUGCAACAUUUGCCCAUUUUAUUAUUUUCAAAAUUCUUCAAGCUCUGCCAAAUUGGUUAUUGAUCAUUGCUAGACAACCGUUUUCAGGUCUUGCCAUAGAUUUUCAAGUAGAUUUAAGUCAAAACUGUAACUCAGACACUCAGGAACAUUCACUGUCUUCUUGGUAAACAACUCCAGUGUAGAUUUGGCCUUGUGUUUUAGGUUAUUGUCCUGCUGAAAGGUGAAUUCAUUUCCCAGUGUCUGGUGUAAAGCAGACUGAACCAGGUUUUCCUCUAGGAUUUUGCCUCUGCUAAACUCCAUUCAGUUUAUUUUUCAUCCUGAAAAACUCCCCAGUCCUUAACAAUUACAAGCAUACCAAUAACAUGAUGAAGCCACUCAGUAAUGUGUUGUAUAGGAUUUGCCCUAAACAUAACACUUUGUAUUCAGGACAAAAAUAGAAUUGCUUUGCUACAUUUUUUGCAGUAUUACUUUAGUGCCUUGUUGCAAACAGGAUGCAUGUUUUGGAAUAUUUUUAUUCUGUACAGGCUUCCUUCUUUUCACUGUCAUUUAGAAUAGUAUUGCGGAGUAACUACAAUGUUGUUGAUCCAUCCUCAGUUUUUUCCUAUCACAGCCAUUAAACCUUAACUGUUUUAAAGUUACUAUUGGCCUCAUUGUGAAAUCCCUGAGCGGUUUCCUUCCUCUCCGGCUUCCGGCAACUGAGUUAGGAAGCACGCCUGUAUCUUGGUUAUGACUGGGUGUAUUGAUAGACCAUCCAAAGUGUAAUGAAUAACUUCACCAUGCUCAAAGGGAUAUUCAAUGUCUGUUCUUUUUGUGUUGUUUUACCCAUCUACCAAUAGGUGCCCUUUGUGAGGCAUUGGAAAACAUCCCUGGUCUUUGUGGUUGAAUCUGUUUUGAAAUUCACUGCUCGGCUGAGGGACAUUACAGAUAAUUGUAUGUUUGGGGUACAAAGAUGAGGUAGUCAUUAUAAAUCAUGUUAAACACUAUUAUUGCACACAGUGAGUCCAUGCAACCUAUUAUGUGACUUGUUAAGCACAUUUUUACUCCUGAACAUAUUCAGGCUUGGCGUAACAAAGGGGUUGAAUACUUAUUGACUCAAGACAUUUCAGCUUUUCAUUUUUUAUAAUUUGUAAAAUUUUUGAAAAACAUAAUUCCACUUUCACGUUAUGGGGUAUUGUGUGUAGGCCAGUGACAAAAAAUCUCAAUUUAAUCCAUUUUAAAUGUCAGGCUGUAACACAACAAAAUGUGGAAAAAGUCAAGGGGUGUGAAUACUUUGAAGGCACUGUAAAACUGCUAAAUACUCCUGUGUUUAUAAUGGAUAAAAAGCAUCACCGUUCAAUUUGUGUGUUUGCAGAGAUAAAUUCCCCAACUCGAAACAGUAUCUCGAAACAGUAUCAGUUAUUUCCUUGUAGUCUGAUCCUGAGACAAUGUAACCCCAUUAACCCUUCUAAGCACGAAAGACAGAAUGGGUUUAACAGGCAGAAGUGUCAUGUUCUCUUGUCCUUCUCUUUCUCCCGUCAUCUAACAUCUCCUCACCCUUCUCUCCAACUGUUCAAAAGGUGUACAGUGUUUCUUCUGGUUCUCUGACGUCUGUUGGGUGGUCUUGUUUUUUGCUCUCCCCUCUUUUAACCCACCCUUCACCCCCAUUUCCCCCUCCCUCUACACAGGUCCCAGUGGCACCAAUAUCAUCAUAGGCUCCAUCGCAGGGGCAAUUCUCUUGGCAGCUAUAGUCCUAGGGGGAACAGGAUGGGGAUUUAAGUAA